CAAGGAACUAUAUUGUUUGAAUGGAACUAAUUAGACUAAGAUAGAUUGAUUUUAUUUAGAUCUUAAUCAUAAAAUUUAGGAAUUAUAAAUAACAAUUAGUACUUUUAGAAAGAACCUGUAAACAAUAUUAGGAAAUAGUUAUAUUCUUAAUUUAGUAAGAUAAUUAGAAAUUAAUAGGUUAAUUAAUGAAUGUUUUUCGAGUAUAGAACUAAAACAAAUUGAGAGAAAAAACUUAAAGGGGUAUUUCAUCAUAGAAUUUUAUUAAUAAUAGUAGGAAGUAAAGUAUGGAAUGUUUGAAUAGUAACAUAAAAUUAGAAUGUUAAUUAUUAGAUGAAGAA